AUGGUCUCUCUUCCACAGCCCCCUGCCCUGGGACAGCCUGUUCCGAGCUCGCAUCAUGCCGUCUCGGUUCAGCUACCCACUUGGGAUGACAUUAAAGAAAUAUUCACAGGAGCCAAAAGAAUGCAAGAUGUUCAAAUGGCAGGGUAUCCAAGAUCAUUCAUCCAUGAAGAUGUGAAGAAGCUGCAUCAAGUCUGCAUCGACGAAUUUGCCAACGACUCGGCAGCCUGCUUUCUAUUCCCCUCAAUUGAUUAUGCGAAUGGAUGUGUACAGUUUGCGACCUCGUCUGCUAUUCACCAGGAAGAUGCGAUAGCAGACCAUCUUCUUUCCAUCCGAUCCCUCAAAAUAGAGCUCGAGGCAUCUGGCAAAGAUCAACCUGAUCUCAUGAUGCUCCAUGCUGUAUUUUGUCCAGCGGAUAUUACAAAGCCAGUGAAAGAGUUCUGGAGACUAGUCGGAGCCGGUAUCUCAUCCCGUUUAGCUCAACAUUGCAUGGAUUACAUGCGCUCUAUUUCCGACGUAACUGGGAAGCCUGACACGCUGCACCCACUUAUUCAAAGACGGAUGAGUGGAUUUCCUCAUCGUAAACUAUGCCAGCGCAUUGCGACUUUACUUGAGAGAGCUCCAGCGUGUGCCCGUCAGAGAGAGCUCGUUUCCCCAAAUGAUGUGUACUUAUAUCCCACGGGGAUGACAGCCAUUUACCAAGCACAGCAGCUGCUAUCUAAGUGGCGCGAUACUCAAUCUGUUGUAUUUGGGGUUCCAUAUGACUUGACGCUCAAAUUGAUCGAGACUUACAGCCGGUCAGUUUGCUUUCUUCCGUUUGGCAAGGAGAGCGAUCUUGAUCAGCUGGAGGAACAUCUGGUAGAACAGGCCCGUGUUGGAUCUCCUGUUCAGGCUAUUUGGUGCGAGUGUCCAUCUAAUCCACUUCUCCGAACACCAAAUCUGCGCCACAUCCGUAAAUUGGCGGAUCAAUACGGCGCUGCAGUAGUGGUUGAUGAUACGGUUGGCGGGUUUGCGAACGUCGAUCUUCUCGGCGUUGCGGAUAUCCUCGUGACCUCGUUGACGAAGAGCUUCAGUGGUAAAGCUGAUGUUAUGGCUGGAAGUUUGGUUUUGAACCCUGCCUCGCCCUUUUAUUCGGACUUGAAAAGAAUCAUCGAGAAGAGUUAUCAAAACCAUCUUUUCAGCGCGGACGCAAUCAAGCUAGAAAUGAACAGUCGAGAUUUUUUAGAUCGCACAGCACGAAUCAACGACACAGCUAGCUAUAUUAUGCGAUCUCUGAAGCCACUGGUCAAUGACUCAACAUGCGUCCUCACAAAGCUCUACCACCCCGAACUGGAUCCACGUCCAGAGAAUUAUCGAGCUCAAAUGCGUAAAGAGACUAAAUACUUCAAACCAGGAUAUGGAGGCCUCUUCACCAUGCAAUUUGAAGAUGUAGAGCUCGCGAAAGUCUUCUUCAACUGUUUGAAUGUUCACAAGGGACCAUCACUGGGAGCCCCGGUCACGCUUGCCCAGCCAUAUGUUCAAACUGUCUUCCACAACCAGAUAGAGUGGGCUGGUAAUUGUGGGCUUCAUGAAUCUAUUGUUCGAGUUUCAGUUGGAAUGGAAGAUAAAUAUGCUCUGCUGGUAGCUUUCCACCUUGCACUUGCUGAAGCUGAUCGAGUUAUGGCUGCUCGAUCCAAUCCAAGCCCCGUCAAAACAAAGUCCGGAGCCACUUUGACUCUAGAAGGAAAGAGGCUGCUGGUGGGGGGAUUCUGA